AAAUCCAACAAAAUUGCACACCUACUGGAAAAUCCGUUGCACCACCAACCACCGCUAUCGGGUGGCACAGCGGAACGUCUUGGCGUAGAAUUCGAUUUCUACAACGUGGCCUCCAGCAAGGUACACCCCAGUCCGGGGGCAGCGCGCAGUGUUUGGGCGCUGCCCCUAACGGCCUCCUCGUCUUGCAACAUGGAAGAAGAUGGCCAUGCACAUGCCGACAUCGAUAUCGACAUCGAUCAUCGGCCCCAUUCGCCGCCCGGAGCCAAUAGUGUCGCCAACAAUGGGGAUGGGAAUGAGCACGACAGCAAUAUGUUGUUGUUUGAGGGCUUGGAUGGUGCCACCGUAAAUCUAGAUGAUAUUUUUGAUAUUAUCAAGAAUGGUGAAGUUAGUGAAGUGGAAAAUCUGGUGGAGAAAUUCGGCAUGGAAUGCUUGUCGGCUAGGGAUCGUCAUGGUUACACGCCCGCUCAUUGGAUUGCUCUGAACGGGAAUGUGCAGCUGAUGCGGUAUUUAAUUGAACGCACUGCGCCCAUUGAUCUGCCGUGUUUGGGCACCCAGGGACCGCGGCCCAUACACUGGGCCUGCCGCAAGGGCCACGCCUCAGUGGUGCAGGUGCUGCUCCAAGCUGGUGUGGCCGUAAAUGCAGCGGAUUUCAAGGGAUUAACACCACUGCAUUUGGCUUGUAUGUAUGGACGCACUGCAACUGCUGCCUAUCUGCUGGGCAUGGGUGCGCUCAACAAUCUGACGGAUAUCAAUGGCGACACGGCGCUCCAUUGGGCGGCCUACAAGGGACAUGGUGAUCUGAUGCGUCUGCUCAUGUAUUCGGGCGUGGAGCUGCAGAAGACGGAUAACUUUGGAUCGACACCGCUGCAUCUGGCCUGUUUGUCCGGCAACAUUAACUGUGUGCGGCUGUUGUGCGAGAAAUCCCAACUGGAUCUGGAGCCGCGAGAUAAGAAUGGCAAGACACCGAUUAUGCUGGCACAGGCACAUCAACAUCAGGAUGUGGUGCGACUGCUGUACGGUGAGGUGAAGAAGAAGUCACGCUGGAUACCCUCCGUAUCGGAAAGUUGGGGCUGGCUCUUUGGCGGCGCUGGCGACUCCAAGGGUCCACUCUUUCUCUUCCUCUUCUCGGUACUGCUCUGGGGCUAUCCCAUGUAUAUGAUACGUGCCAUUCCGAUCACUUGGAAUAUAUUGAGACGAUCGCAUUAUUGCUUCAUCUAUUGGAAUGUGGUCAUGUGGGUAAGCUGGGCCAUUGCCAAUCGUCGUGAUCCUGGCUACAUUCCGUUGAGUUCGGAUGCCUAUUAUCGAGCCAUCAAACAGAUUCCGUACUUUGACAAGCUGAAGAAGCGGAAUGUGAUGCUCACCCGGCUGUGCCACAGCUGCCGCUGUCUGCGUCCGCUGCGCGCCAAGCAUUGCCGGGUGUGCAAUCGUUGCGUCUCCUACUUUGAUCAUCAUUGUCCUUUUAUCUACAAUUGCGUCGGUUUGCGCAAUCGCAUGUGGUUCUUCCUGUUCGUCCUUUCGGUCGCUGUCAAUUGCUCCUUUACCAUUUAUUUUGCCUGCUAUUGCGUCAUGAUCGAGGGAUUCACAUUGCUCUAUGUGCUGGGCCUGAUUGAGGCUGUCGUUUUCUGUGGUCUUGGUUGGAUACUCACAUGCACUUCGAUCCUUCAUGCCUGCAUGAAUCUCACCACCAACGAGAUGUUCAACUACAAGCGUUAUCCAUAUUUGCGGGAUAAGCGUGGUCGCUAUCAGAAUCCCUUCUCGCGUGGACCCGUCCUCAAUCUUUUGGAGUUCUUCGUUUGUUUGCCGGAUCGAGGAGAUGACACUGAUCUGCUGCUGGAGGAUAAUAUAUGAUUAAGAAGCUAGGAGCGCGCUAAUGCUCGCCGGCGCAAGGUGCCCGUGCGUGGAUAAUAGCGAUAGUCACCGCUCCAAGGCGGCGGCGGCGACUAUGCUUUGAUUUUGCUCCAAGCUUUGUGCUUACUCCAACAAAAACCAAAAACAAAAAAGGCUCACAUUUAUUGCAAUCUAUUUUUUAUCAAUCAAUAAUUGCUAAAUCUAAAUAUUAUCCUUGCAGCAGAAUAUCAAACGUGAAGGACGAAACUUGAUUUAAAUAGAUCCCAAGAAAAAGUAUUAUUCAAGGAUUUGGGACAGAUUUAAAAACGUAUUUACUUCCAUAUAUCAUUAAAGACGACUCUGCAAGGAUAUUUAAGCUGUGGCACAGGGUGCUAUUUUUUUAAGGACUUAUUCUAAUUAGCAUAAAUAAGAAAACGCUUCUCUUGUUAU